CGGCGUACAUUGCGCACCUACGCCGAAGGCUUACACACUGCCGCGAAGUUGGUUUUGACGAAUUUCUGAACUCAGAGUCGUCCACGUUUCUUUUCUUUACGUCGACGCCCCCGAUGAUGGCGUGGCCUCCACGAUGUCAGACCACACAUCCUGAUCCGGAGUCAUUCGAACCUCAAGCCCGACGUGAUCAUCAAAGUUGGUUACAGUACCAAAGCCCUUGUAAUGCAGGUCAUGCGCCCGAGAACAAUACGAAACUUGAAGAAAUGAGGCUCCGAUGGAGCAUGCAGGUGAUGUGGGAGACCCUCACAUGUGCUUGGCAAGGCGAAGUUUGUGGAUACUCACUUCACGAUGAGGCGUUGUUGUGCGGUCCUCCACCUCCUUCACUCCCGGAAUUGAUCAUGCAAGUCAAGUCCGAGAGUGUGCCGUGGUGGGAUACACGGGGCUUUAUCAAUCUGGUCAGACCUUACGCGUAUCACGUUUCACGUUUAGCUUUAUCUUCGUACGACUGGCAAAUGCGCAGGAAAAGUGGACUCCCCUUUUCGUUCACCCGCUUCUCCGAACAUAUAGAAGACGUUAAGCACUUGCACUUCCUCCUCUCCGUUGCCCAGGCACGGUUUGUCAUGACGUACAGCUCUGUAGCGACCAAAUUUCAGAGGUCGGGAAACAUGCCAGGCCCUUCGGGAUGCCCAUACCAAGGGCACACUCCCCUGUCAAACAUGGGGAGGCAUAUGCUGAACUCGAUGCGUAGUGCCCUCGGAUCAGUGAACAUUGCUAUACUCGAGGACCUACAGGAGAGGGUGAGGGAGGCUAACAUCGUCUCCGGUCCCACCGACCCAGACAUUCCCAUGCUCGAGUUGAUCUUGUGCACGUUGACGCGGGCACUGAUGCCCUAUGGGAUGUACAUCAUGCGCAACGCACUGAACGGAACAUAUAUGGCGUGGCUGACGCAAUUAGGAAACGAGCCGUUCCUCUUUUGGUGUCACUUCCUCCUAAACGCGACACCAGUCGAGGACGGCGGCGACGCGUUCACACGCAGCGAGAAGCUCGUGUGCCUUGAGACCAUGUCCGAAAUCAUCGCCGUCAUCUCCUGGUCUUGGCCGGGCGCGUUUGAACACCCGCUCAGGGGCGAGAUCGCCCGCACCAUCGAGGAAAUAAAGUUCGCGCAGGCGCUUAGCGAGACCCUUGGCAUAGAGACGCUCAGGCUGGAUUCGCGCUCCAUGUUCUCCAACCAGAGUGGCUCCACUGAAAGCCCAAAUGAGCUGUACAUGUUCCCUGCUGUUCUGGAGCUCCCUGAUAUCGAGGCGGCGAUGCGCGACGCGGGCGUGAUGGAUAUGAUCAACGGUGCUCAGCUUGAAGCGAACUCGGAAUACGCUCGCUGGGCGGCGACGAUUACGCCGUUUACUAUCUCUUCUCAGGAAACCUUUUUGGAUGGAGGGGUUCGUUCAAUUUCCUCCGCCACUGCCGUGGAUCAUGGAGGUACGAUUGGAUUGCCCAAUAAUGACGAUAUUGGGCACGGGGACGGGCGACGAGCCACUUCGACCUUUACGCCUCGUCCGACUGGAAUGCAGACGCAAACUCCCAUGGCGGGCAUUCCGGUGAACACCAACCGUGUGCCGACCCAGGGCUAUGUCUACGAUGCUGAUACAUCGGUGUGGGAUGCGAUGGGCGUGCAUAUAGGCGCGGCCACGGGGCAGACGGAUGCUUGGACUAUGGAUACUGGAGAUUUUGAUACUUCGACAGAUGACUCGUUGUGGGAUCUCAUGGUCCCUGCAGAUCAACCGCGCUUUUCCUGUUUAUAG